AUGGUCUGGAAAGUGAUGAGGAUGUAUAUCUGAAGCCUGAAAGGGAGGGUGUGCAGCGGGGGAUUGGCGUAAGCAAAUGCCUUGAGAUCUGAGACAUCUACAGAGAGAAGAAGAAGAAGGGAUGAAUAGUCAUUUUAGUUGGCCUGUGCUGGCAGAAACCCCGCUCAAUGAAAUGCCAUGCGAGCGGCCGUGUGGUGGGAAGCUGUCGCCAGGCUUGGCGUGGGCAGAGGGCAGUGGCGCUAUAAGACGGCGCUACGCCCUGCGCCAGACCACUCCGCGCCAGUUGACAUCAUCCGCUGCCACACGUCCCCAUAAUCACUUCUUGUAGGCGGAAGUACCUGAUUCUUUAUGUUUCUCACUUCUUGCGUCUAGCAAAUGUCUGCUUAGGUGCUACCCUUGCCAAAGCCGCAGUCUGAGGACAGGCUGCUGUCUGUGGGUGGAACCCGUUAAUCACAGAAACAUUAGCCAGACGAUCUCUCUACAGCGCUGCCGGAGAAGAUCAUGUUUCGCACAUAACCAAACCCCGACCAGAGGCACUGAUCUUUCACAGAAACCUUUCCUGGAGGGAAGAAACGUUAGAUGAGGAGUCUCCAAGGCAGUCGACUGAAGAGGCUCAAGUGUGUCAGUAACUUCUAUUGAACCAAAAUAGAGAUACGCAUUAUUGUUACACAGCCUCCAUCUCUUCGAGAAACCUAUUACAGUGAUGCAGACUGUGUCGAGGUCAGCGGUGGCGUGCUCGCUGGUGGUGAUGCCGCUGCUGGUGUUGAGUCUGUGCCUGGGACAUGCUGAGGGCAACGGCGACUGCCAGCUCAUACCUGGGCGCGUGAACAUCGUGAAGGAGAUGACCGUCCCGUGGAACGGGAGACUAGUGUCUGCAUCCUGCACUGCAGAGGUCACACUGAGCAAGUGUGAAGGGACUUGCGAGUCCAGUGUUUCUCCAUCAGUACGCCAGCAUCGCGGUUUUAGGAGGGACUGUCAGUGCUGCAAGGAGGUGGAGCUGAGACAACGAACAGUAUCUCUGAACGAGUGUUACCAUGAUGGGCAGUUGAUGCCAAACAUUCAGGCGACGACACAGGUCAGCGAGAUAGAGAGAUGCAGCUGCAACUCCUGCACCAACUGAAGACUGUCACUCAGCUUGUCCCUCUCAUGUUUUGAAUAUUUGUAAAGUACACAGUCCACUGAAGUCUAGCGGACAGCCGUCCUUUUACAAAUGUUGCCUCGCCAUUGAAAGCAUCCUUUGUCUGUUUGUCGGAAACUGAGGCAUGAUGUGUUAUCGCCAUUUCUUCAACCAUGUUACAACAACUUUUAAUUUGCUUUAACUCAGAUUAAGAUUUUUUUAAUUGAAUCUGUUUAACCAUUUGAACCAUUCUAAAAAAAAAAAGCAAAUAAAGGCU